AUGUCUAGUAAGGUCACAGGCUCUUCCAAAAAUGAGUCUGAAGUGAGAGCCAGAAAAGUGGUUAUUGAUGAAGUCACAAACGAUGAAAUCGUCACUGAUCAAAUUGAGACUGAUGAAAUUAUUCAAGACAGUGAUGAAAAAAAGUCACGAUCAACCAAAUGUUCACAGCUUUGUCAAAAACUCCUUAAAAUUGAAAGCGUGCUGGGUCCUCUUUUAUUCACAUUACUCGCGCUAUAUGUUCGAUUUUAUAAAAUUGGAAUAGCAGAUAAAGUUGUCUGGGAUGAAGCACAUUUUGGUAAAUUUGGUUCAUACUAUAUCAAACAUGAAUUUUAUCAUGAUGUUCACCCUCCAUUAGGUAAAAUGCUUAUUGGUCUUAGUGAAUGGAUCGCAGGUUUCGAUGGUGACUUCGAGUUCAAAUCAGGUACCAAAUAUCCAGAAAAUCUGGAUUAUAAGACCAUGAGAUAUUUCAAUGCUCUAUUCAGUGCUGCAUGCGUUCCAGUGACUUACUUUGCAGCUAAAACUUUGGAUCUAAGCUUAAUAACAGUCUAUUUCAUAGCAUUGAUGGUCACUUUAGAGGCUUCAUAUAUUGCACUAGGUAAAUUCAUCUUGCUAGAUUCCAUGCUUUUGUUUUUCACCAUUACAACUUUCUUUGCAUUCGCAAAGAUGCACUCAUUAAGAAGGGCAGGACAAGAGUUUACAAAAAGUUGGUACGGCUGGAUGGUGUUCUCAGGUUUAUCUAUUGGGGCAGUAUGUUCAGUGAAAUGGGUUGGUUUGUUCAUCACAAUUUUAGUUGGUCUUUACACAAUCCAAGAUUUAUUUGAGAAACUAUUUGAAAAAGAUUUUGAAAUAAAAAAAUACGCUAAACAUUGGAGUGUUAGAAUUGCAACAUUGAUAUUCAUCCCAUUCUUAGUCUAUCUCAUUUCUUUCAAGGUUCAUUUCCACUUAUUGUCCAAAUCAGGUACAGGUGAUGCUUCAACAUCUUCUUUAUUUCAAGCAAAUUUGGAAAAUAACAACAUUAAAAAGAGUCCAAGAGACAUUGUAUAUGGCUCUGAAGUAACCAUUAGAUCUCAUGGUAUGAGUCCAAACUUGCUUCACUCACAUGUUCAAAUUUAUCCAGAAGGGUCCAAUCAGCAACAAAUUACUGCUUAUGGUCAUUCAGAUGGUAACAAUAACUGGGUCUUCAAAUAUUCUAGACGCUCUGGUCAAACAUUGGAUGAAAAUGAUGAUACUCUUGUCAAUGUCAAAGAUGGAGAUAUUAUUAGAUUAGUUCAUAAAUUUACUGGUGUCAACUUACAUUCACAUACCAUCCCUGCCCAUGUUACAAAGAAGCAUUGGGAAGUUGGUGGUUAUGGUAAUGAGCAAGUUGGUGAUUCCAAGGAUGACUGGGUUGUGGAGAUUGUGGAACAAUUACACUCAGCCAAUAAAUCAUAUCCAAAAGAAGAUGGAUCCAUUCUACAUCCAUUAUCAACAAAUUUCAGAUUGAGACACGCUGAUUUGGGCUGUUAUUUAGCAACCACUGGUGCUUCAUACCCAACUUGGGGGUUCAAACAAAGUGAAAUUGUCUGCAAGAACUCAUGGUCAAAAUAUGAUAAAUCCACCUGGUGGAAUGUUGAAGAUCAUAUGAAUGGUAAACUGACAAUUGAUGAAAAUUAUGUUGCUCCAAAAUCAAACUUCUGGUCAGAUUUUAUGUUGAUAAAUGUUGCUAUGGCCUCUUCAAAUAAUGCAUUGGUCCCUGAUGAGGAUAAAUUUGAUGCACUUGCCUCAAAAGCAUGGGAAUGGCCAACUCUACAUGUUGGUUUAAGAAUGUGUGGCUGGGGUCCAAGAGAUGCUAGAUAUUUCUUGAUUGGUAAUCCAUUCAACACAUGGUUAUCAUCAGUAUCUCUUAUAGUGUUUAUUUAUUUGAUUCUCCAUUCCGUUAUCAAAUAUCAACGUCAAACUUUGGAGUGGACCGAAGAUGAAUACUGGAGAUUCAUUGUUGCUGGUGUUUACCCUUUGAUUGGUUGGUUCUUACAUUAUAUGCCAUUUGUGAUAAUGGGGAGAGUUACAUAUGUUCAUCAUUAUGUUCCGGCUUUAUAUUUCGCCAUUUUUGUUUUGGGAUACUUGGUUGAAUUCUUUAUUGGAAAAACUAAACCAAUCAUCAAAUACCCAAUUUAUGCCAUCUUGUUUGGUGUUUUGAUUUUCACCUAUUUCUUCUUUGCGCCAUUUUAUCACGGUAUGGUUGGUAGCAACAAAGAUUAUGAGUAUUUGCAACUGUUUUCUUCGUGGAGAGUUGUUUGA